AUGAGCUCACAUGAUCUAGUGUUUUUGGCCACUACUAAUGCAUUGAGCCAUAUCUCCUCGGUCCUUGGAUGCAUCGCCUCAAUUGGCACCACCGCCAAAGUCACGAUCAACUCUCACGGGGUCCAUUUCACGGCGUACAACGAUAAUCAAACAAUUAGAGUGGCCUUAACGUUAGCCAAGUCCUUAUUUACCAGCUUCAUUCUGAAUGCAGACCAUAAUGCUCAGGAGUCAAAUACCCAAAUUUCAGUGACCCAAGAUUCUGACCAGCUGGAAGAGUCAGAAAUCAGCCUCUCAUUGGAUGUGCAGCUGUUUGUGGAGAGUGUCAACAUCCAUACUUCUCAUCAAACUACCUUCGGCGGUAACAACGCCUCAACUAACACAGAUAAAAACGAAAUAGAGUGCACAUUCUCUUAUCAAGGAGAUGGCCACCCCUUUGCGGUAAUCUUUGAAGAUAAUGCCAUCUUAGAGAGAGUCGAAUUCCAAACUUACGCUGACCAAGAAGAUUUCGAAGAAAGGUUCAGUCUUGAUGAAACCGAACUUGUAUUGAGUACUUUGCUGAGCGGCUCUCUCCUUUAUGAUGUCAUGAAAGAUCUAAAGGAUGUUAACACUGACGCUCUAAUUGUCUAUGUCAAAGAUAAUCCCAUACCUUCUAAUAGAAAGUUGGUUUUUAUUUCUCAAAGUGAAAUCGGCCAUUCUAAACAUCAAUACCCAAGCCAAAAAAUUUACCUGCAAGAUCUUUCUGUUUGGAAACCGCAAAAGAUGAAUGAUAACCUUGAGUUUAAUCAGACGAUCUCCGACUCACUAACAUGUUAUUACCGGUUUGAAACUUGGGCCAAGAUUUUCAGAAGUUUUAAAAUAUCGAAUCGUAUUAAGUUGCAGAAAAGUAUCUCUGGAUUGACCUCCACGAGUCUUCUUGUACGUAACCCCCAUGAUCAGUCUUAUACUGGUUCCGUCAUCGAUUUUCGAUUUUGGGAAAACGUCAAUGAUGAAGAGAUUGAUAACCUGAAUUGGGAGUAUUGUUACAAUAAUACCCAUGUGGAGCAGUUAGUGGAGGAUGAUCAAAACAUCAAAAUCAUCCAAUACGCCUUGUCCAAUAAUUUAGAUCCAAACCAGAUAACGCUAGAUGAUUAUCUCAAGAGAAGAGAGACCAGAUCUCAUGCCAGACCUCAAGCCACUGAAACACCAUUCAUAAUCUUAGAUGACAACUCCCACAAAGAACCUGAGCCCAGCACCACAAGAAGAACACCUGCACCAUCUACAAUUGACAUACCGUUAUUUCUAUAA